CAGAAUGCCUCCGAAACGCAAAGCCCUCGAACCCGCCUACCCCCAUGUUGGCAGGCCAAACAACGCGAAGAAGGCUAAGUCUGGCGAUGAACCACGCAACGACAACAACAAGCAGUUUGAGGCUGCCCUCAAAAAUAGGAGUACGCGCUGGGCCAAGGUCUCAGGCUCCAAGAAUUUGGACAUCGAAUACAUGAAAGCGACUAGGAACCUCGAGGAGGUAUAUGCAUUUGUGUGCAUUUGUAACCCUGUCCGAGACGUGGACGAAGAAGAGGAUGACGAUAAUGCGGAUGCUGAAAACAAGGUAUGGUGCGACAAGGGCAGGACGUGCCCAUGCAAUAAGCAAUUCUCCGAGCUCCCAUCCCAUUCAUACACAAUUUCCAAGGCGGGACUUGCGCGUAACCAUUGCGCAGCAAAUAUGAUGAACUUGCGCACGCCCGACUUUUUUGCCAUGUAUACGUUUAACGACCACGCGGCCUAUGGGGCGCUCGAAGUGGUGCAGAACCUGCUACUGGACUUUGACGAGGCAUUCAAGAACAAGAAGUGGCAAGAGGCUUGGUCAGUCGUCGAGGCCAUGGCUAUUUUCGUGAGGGCGGGCGACGGUAGCCUCAUGUUUAUAGCUGACGAAGGCCAGAUGAUAAGCGAGACCGCGUCUCAGAUUGCCAGAAUGGUGCUCGCAGCGCUGGCGGCUCUAGAGAGCGAUGGGAUGCUCAGUGGCAACUCGCACAGCAACAACGCUGGCUGGAUGAUCGCAAUGUACAUUGCCAUGGCCGCCAUGUUCCGGGAUACAUCCCUAAUCCAGGGGAACCGCCAUUUAAAGUCCAAGCUGUUCAAAUUCUGGGCUGGCAACUUUGAUCUCUACCUUCGGGCGAUCGCGCACCGACUAAACAUCGCCAUUCCCGACACUGAGAAUGCCUCUGAGAACAUCGACCCCACGAUGCCAAAGGGAAACGGAAAGGACCCGUGGGGUUGGGCGAGGUCCUUUGCAGAGUACAAACGAACUUGUGUGGCACCUGGCUACGCAUUCCGAGGGACACAUAGGAGGAAGAUUGGAGGUGAUGGAUUGGACAUUUCCACCUGGAGCAGUGCGGAGAGGAAGCAAUACAACUUCGACAACAAGGACCCGCUUCCCAGAAAGACUAUUGAGAGCCUUGGAGAAGGGCUUGUCUUGGUUCUAGGUUAGAUUGUUCUUUAGAGACUGUCAUAAAUGCCAAAGCUUAGUUUUU